CCUCUUCCUGCUCUCACUGCAGGCCGUGUAGGCUCUGCAGCAGCUGGCUCAUCCUAUCAAUAAGGUUCAGUUAGCCAAGGUGGAGGAUGGGAGUGGAAUGGAACUGUCCCAGCUCCUCAAUGAGAUCAGGGCAAACUAUGAAACGCUCCUCACCAGAAAUCAGAUAGACACCGUCCUCUCAACAAGCACCCAGCUAGAAGAAGCUACAAAUGAAAGAAUGGACAAAGAUGAAGAAGAUUUAAAGGCAGCCAGAGCAGAGCUCAGUGAAGCCAGGCGUCAGUGGCAUCAUAUGCAAAUUGAAAUUGAAUCUCUCCAAGCUGUGGAAAAGGCUUUGGAAAAUUCAUUGCUUGCCACAGAGCACCAUUACCAUAUGCAACUGCAGAGUUUAGAAGCUGAAAUUGAAGGCUUAGAAAAAGAGCUACAGGAAGUGAGAAAAGGUAUUGAGAAACAGCUUCAAGAGCAUGAAAUUCUACUGAAUACAAGGAUGAGGCUGGAGCAGGAGAUAGCAACAUAUCGCAGGCUGCUAGAAAGAGAGGAGAACAGGUUUCGUUGUUCUACGCACCAUAGAAAAGAUGACAGAAAACCUACCACCAGCAAGAUAGCUUUUAUCUUACCUUCAACUGGGGCCAUAAAGAAGCAUGAGACUGAAACAGAACUAAUGACAAAGCAAGCAAGCCUUAAUGGAAACAUGGUGAAGGAAAGGGCUGAAGCUCAUGGCACGAUACAGACAGAAAAAGUGGAUGAAGUUAUUAAAGAAUGGGAAGGUUCUUUCUUUAAGGACAACCCUCGCUUAAGGAAAAAAUCUGUUUCUUUGCGCUUUGAUCUCCACCUAGCAGCAACAGAUGAAGGCUGUUUACAGACUAAACAGAAUAAUCUACCUGAUAUUGAAGUCAGGCUGGUAAUGAGGCGGUCUUCUAGUAUUCCAUCCAUCAAACCUUAACCUGCAGCAAAUUAAUCCAAAGAUCCUUUACAGUGGGCUUUGGAAAUAAAUACAUUAGGAUGAACCUAAAUAGACCAUAUGGCCUCCUCCCAUCUUGUCACAAUUAGGAAAUGUUACUAAGUAUGUAUUUUAAUGAACAUUUGAAAAAUGUAUGAUUCUUUUUUAAUGAAAGGGAGAAAGGGAGGGGUGUAAGAUUUCAAGAAACAUAACUCCUAUUAGUUUUUUACUUUUUGUGAUGUCCUUUAAUUUUCUCAUUAUUUCUUUACAAAAGUCUUACUUUGCUGUGUAGAGUAUCCCUAAAUAUUUAAGAAUUAAACUAAAGCUGUAAACCUUUACAAAUUGUACUUUUAUAAAAGAGAAUCUGGCUUCUCUUAUCAAUUAAUGAAAACUAUACAUUUCAUUUUCUUAGUUUCACAAAACCAUAAUGAUUUAUAAUGCAUAAGUCUUGCAGUCAUUUUUACCAUAAAAGGUAUCAUACAAAAGGUAUACAUCAAAAAACAUUUUACUGGCAUAAGUUAAAUGCAUAAAAGCUCUCAUAACAUCCAAACUAUUAAUAAAUAACAAAUAAUUUUCCUUUGAAAGGUACAUAAUAUUUUUUACAUAUCUGAAAGUAACCACUCAAAAAUAGGCGACUUUCUCCCAUGCAGUUAUGCACACUAACAAAUAAUAUUGAGCAUACCAUGCAAUAGGUUUUUAGCAGAAUUCCUCAUUUCAGCCCAUUUACAUUAGAACUAGGGGUAUGAUAUGGGUCACUGAGUUUUCUCACCUAUACAUUACACAAGAACUGCCUUUUUCAGUUCUACUGAGAUAGCAUCAGGGUUUUACCCUGUGUAUCAUUACAAACAAAAAAUUGUAAUGGACUUCAGUGGGACAAGCAUUUUUUCUCACAUAUACAGAAUACUACGCUAUUCUGAUAAGCCUUCCAUGCACAGUAUUUCCGGCUUCCAUAACCAUGACUUUGGUAGAAGUUCUUCACAUAGAAGGCCAGCAGCUUUAGCCUUACAGUAGGGACAGAAUUCAAAGUUUCUCAACAUUCUUUCCAGCAGAGUCCAGACUUUGCUGUCAGGCUUAUUUCUGUUUUUUUAAAAUCAAUAAUUGCCUAAUGUAAAACGGUCCUGCAAUAAAGAAAGUGGGAGUCUGCCUCUGUAGUUAUGGCACUCUCCUGACAGCAGACCCUGGAACCCAAGGGUGUUAGUACAUGCCACAUUUAUUGCCUUUUGCACUGCAACAGAUUUAUGAAAGUUUAGGGCUGGAAGGGAUCUCAUGAGAUCACUGGGUCCAGCCCCCCUGCUCUGGGCAGGAAAGACUGU